ACUCUCAAAUUUCCUGGAUCCAAUCCAAAGUCGGAGUCACACGCAGUGUCCCUUUCUCUCUCUCACACAAAAACACGUUUCGCUGUGUGUAAAUUACAAUAUUGCCCCCAAAUGGUGGAGGCACAGUCAUGGACAACUCGCCGGAGCAGCAACCCUAGGUUCGAAACCUCCGUGGACAUCCCCUCCACACCGACCGGAGAAGUUAGAUACGGCACCACGAACAACAUCUUCGCCUCCUUCUCUGCCACAUCAUUCGUAUCUCCGACUAUCCUCACUGCACUCAUUAUCGCGUCAUGGUACCUCUCCAACAUCGGCGUUCUCCUUCUCAAUAAGUACCUCCUGAGCUUCUACGGGUUUAAAUAUCCGAUCUUCCUCACAAUGCUUCAUAUGAUCUCAUGUACUUUCUACAGUCUCAUCGCAAUUCGUUGGUUUCAAGUCGUGCCGUUCCAACAGAUUUUAUCGCGAAAACAAUUUCUGAAGAUCUUCGCCUUAUCUGCUAUUUUUUGCUUUUCGGUUGUUUGUGGAAAUACGUCAUUGAGAUAUCUACCUGUUUCGUUUAAUCAAGCUAUUGGCGCAACUACGCCUUUUUUCACAGCUAUCUUCGCUUUCCUGAUUACUUGUAAGAAGGAAUCUGCUGAAGUUUACUUAGCGUUAAUGCCUGUCGUUUUCGGUAUAGUUUUGGCGAGUAAUAGCGAGCCUUUGUUUCAUUUGUUUGGUUUUUUGAUGUGUGUGGGAUCGACCGCCGGCAGAGCGUUGAAAUCGGUGGUUCAAGGAUUAUUGUUGACUUCAGAUUCGGAGAAACUCCAUUCGAUGAACCUAUUAUUAUAUAUGGCGCCAAUGGCAGCCAUGAUAUUAUUACCUCUCACUUUGUACAUAGAAGGAAACGUGUUCUCAAAGACAAUUGAUAAAGCGAGAAACGAUUCGUUUAUGGUGUUUUUGUUGAUCGGAAAUGCUACGGUGGCGUAUCUGGUGAACUUGACGAACUUUCUGGUCACAAAACACACGAGUGCCCUGACUUUGCAGGUGCUCGGAAACGCCAAGGCGGCAGUAGCGGCGGUGGUGUCAGUUUUAAUUUUUAAGAAUCCGGUGAAUGUUAUGGGAAUUUCAGGGUUCGCCGUGACAAUAAUGGGAGUGGUUCUUUACAGUGAAGCAAAGAAGAGAUCGAAAGUUACAGCUCAUUGACAACCAAAAAGAUAACACUGGUGCGACUUCUCUGUUCUCUUGUUCUUCAUCUGAUAUGCCUUUAAAAUUUUCAAUUAGUUUACAAUUCUCAAAAAGGCCUAAAGAGAAAUUGGUAUAAAGAAAAAGCAAAGAACAUAAUUCGAUUCGAUUGCAUCAAAAUAUGAUCAUUUGAAUUGGCAAAAAGGAAAAACGGGGCUGUGUUUUCUUCCUGUUUCUUUUCCAAAAUUCUGCUUUAUUGCAAAUUUGCAUAGUUGUUCUUGAUUAAGGCAGUUUAAUAGGGGAGAAAAAACAAUCUCCUUUUUGCCUUCUGUUUGUAACACGAAUUACAUGAAAAAUUCCUCAAAUUAUAUCA